UCUCGAAUCGACGGAUCAUAAAUUAGACAACGAAAGAUCCAACGGCGCAGAUUCUCCAAGAAACGGAUUCCCAGGGAAAAAAAAAGAGGGCAUCAUUUCCAUUAUUUAUUGCUUUGAAACCCUUUCGCAUCUGAGGUCUCUCGCCUUCGUGCUUCUUCGAUUUGAUCGUCUCCGGUUCCUCCAUUUCCCUCUGGUUUGAGCUUCUCCGGCGACUCCGUUUUUGUAGGAAGCGAUGGGCAAGGGUCCGGGUCUGUACACUGAGAUCGGAAAGAAGGCUAGAGAUCUUUUGUACAAGGACUACCAGAGUGACCACAAAUUGACGAUCACGAGCUGCUCUCCUACCGGAGUUGCUAUCACGUCGUCAGGAACGAAGAAAGGUGAUAUAUUUGUUGCUGAUGUUAACACCCAACUGAAGAACAAGAACAUCACAACUGAUGUCAAAAUUGACACUAGCUCCAAUCUUUUUGUGACCGUUACCGUGGAUGAACCUGCUCCUGGCCUGAAGUCUAUCUUUAACUUUAAAGUUCCUGACCAAAGGUCUGGCAAGGUGGAACUCCAGUACUUGCAUGACUAUGCUGGGAUAAGCACAAGCAUUGGGUUGACAGCGAAUCCCAUUGUUAACUUCUCAGGUACCAUUGGGACUAAUGUUGUUGCACUCGGGACGGAUCUUUCCUUUGACACCAAAAGCGGGAAUUUCACCAAAUGCAAUGCUGGUGUAAGCUUUUGCAAUGCGGACCUAAUUGCUUCAUUGACCGUGAAUGACAAAGGUGAUGCAGUGAAUGCAUCCUACUUUCAUUCAGUGAAUCUGCUGACAAACACAGCUGUAGGCGCAGAGGUGACCCAUAGCUUCUCGACCAAUCAAAAUACAUUAACUCUUGGGGCCCAGCAUAAGUUGGAUCCAUUGACUACAGUGAAGGCACGGGUGAACAACUUUGGCAAGGCAAGCGCCCUUAUCCAGCAUGAAUGGCGUCCAAGGUCACUCUUCACCAUCUCUGGAGAGGUGGAUACCAAGGCCGUUGACAAGACUGCUAAGGUUGGACUUGCUUUGGCGCUCAAGCCAUGAGCAGGGGCUUCUACCAUGUGGGAAGUAGGCAUGCAAAGAGCGAUACAGUUUGCCUAUUGUUGCCCUUUGAACUGACUGUUUCUUUGUUCUUAUGGUUGGGACAAUUUUGUUCUGCCUCUCGGUGGCUUUGGGUUGUAAAAAUAAUUAUAAAUGGUGUCACAAACCAACUUUGGAUAUCGUUUCUUUCCCAGGUUGAGACCUUGAUACCGGUUUAGCUAGAGAGGCUUGACUCAGAAUUUUGUUUCAAUUCUAAGAUGGCUGUUUUCAGCAGUUUACAUUAUUUUUUCAAAUUUUUUGUCAUGGAAAA